AUCACGGUCUACAUAUUAUAGUGUGGAGUAGAUGUGGCGUGCUUGUGAGCGAAUGACAUGCUGUUGGCCAAACUUGAAGAUGUUCGUGCCACCGGCAAGACCGGUCACUUCGUUCAGACAGAGGUCUACUAGAACUAACUUAUGUACUGAGAUCAUGUGUCAGAUUGUUAAGCGUGAUGGUUGAAGAAUCCUACCAACUAUCCAGAAUUCCACAUCAAAUAGCGGAGGAUGAGACUAUGACGUAAUCCGCGCCCCGCGUACCAGUACCAACUUUGAACCCCAUCUCUUUGAGCACGAAGUGCACAUAUGCUCCAUACCAUAACUCACCUCGAUAAUGGCGCUACCUUUGGGAUUGUUUCUUGGCGGAUGUGUAAUCGCCAUCCCGGUCGUAACAGGCGUCGCAGAGGGCGUCGAGUUCCAGAAGAAGCAGAACGAGGAGGCCGCCAACGAGACGCGUAUGAUCAAGUUCAACCUACUCGUCAACUGCGAUUCAAAGGAUCCGAUCGCAAAGGACGAAGUUGAUUAUGGAACUGUUAUACUGCGCCAUGACAAAGCGUGGGUCGUGCCACGCGACGAUGAAGGAAAGCCCCUACCACCAGACGACAGCAAAAAGAUGGAUCCACCGAUGCAUGCCUUUGCCGGCUUCUACAUACAGUAUCCGGAUGAAAAUAGAUGCCCUCCUGAGAGAGGACUGGUCAGUACUAUCAGCGACGAUCCGCCGAUGCUGAACUGGGUCUACUGCGACAAGGAGACAUAUGAGCUCAAGUACAGUAAUCGAAGUGGGUCGAUUGAUCAAAUUGUCGGGGUAUGGGACUGGUCACAAGAUGAAACCGUAAUGCUCUUCCAGGGUUGGGAAGGCUUCGUCGCGAUUGACGAGUGGGACGGAGCUGACGAAGACAAUUCUACUCCAUGGGGAAGAGAAGGGUUACGAUGGGCUUUGUACUAUGACAUUGACGACAACGGUCUCAAAGGUCGGAGGAGAGGAAGAGAUAUGUUUGAAGUCGAGCUUGAGCGAAAGAUACAGAGCGCAGAAGAUCAACUAAAGCAGCUGGAAGAGGCGGACAAGAAGAUGCAAGUCAAGAGCAGAGGUGGACUCAGCACGCAGUUCUCGGCACCAGCACGAGAGCGAACGAAAGAAUGGGAGAAGAAGUUCGGAGGACGAGACAACAAUGAAUGAACUCAUGGAUCCUAUUGCAACGUCUUCUUGGUUCUACAGACGAAAGCUCAACCAUACAGACAUGUCUCACUGCUGUGAAGACUGGAGAGUGAAGCGAGGCCUUGUCACUCCUGUUUAAACUUCAAAGAAGGAUCUACCGACCAGCAAGCCAUCGAUAUGACAUACACCAACACGAUAGUCUUACAACGACGCACAUCCUGUCAGGGCCACCACCAAGUUGCUGCUCACUAUUCGGUGC